AUCCAAACAUGAAACAUCACGGGGUCGAUUUUGCGAUCAGCUUAGGUGAGAAAACUAAACGGAGAAGACAAACAAAAAAACAAAGAUGCCGAAGAAGAAGCCGGUGAAACAUUCCGGCGACGAUGACAUCGCAGCUCCGGUAUCAUCGCAAACCGGAUCUUCGAUUGAUACGUUGUGGUGGUGGUUAACACAUAAAGGAACCACCACUUCGUUCCUCUGCAUCUCACUCUUCGCAUUACUGAUCCGAUCUGCUGUAUCGAUGUAUCCAUACUCCGGCGCCGGAACCCCUCCUAAAUUCGGCGAUUUCGAAGCUCAGAGACAUUGGAUGGAGAUAACCACAAAUCUUCCGGUUAUCGAUUGGUAUAGAAACGGCACUAACAACGAUCUCACUUACUGGGGAUUAGAUUACCCUCCGUUAACUGCUUACCAGAGUUACAUCCAUGGAGUCUUACUCAAAAUCUUCAAUCCUGAGUCUGUUGCUCUUCUAAGCUCUCGUGGUCACGAGUCUUAUCUUGGAAAGUUGUUGAUGAGAUGGACUGUUUUAUCGUCUGAUGCUCUCAUAUUUUUCCCAGCUGCUCUCUUUUUUGUGUUGGUGUAUCAUAGGAAUCGAACUAGGAGUAGUAAGAGUGAAGUGGCAUGGCAUAUUGCUAUGAUUCUCUUGAACCCUUGUUUGAUCCUCAUUGAUCAUGGUCAUUUUCAGUACAAUUGUAUCAGCUUGAGACUUACACUUGGUGCCAUUGCUGCGGUACUAUGUGGGAGCGAGGUUCUCACUUUUGGUUUGUUCAGUUUAGCUCUCAGUCAUAAACAGCUAGUGAUAGCAUGUUGGUCAAAUUCUGUUCCAGUCACAUCUUGGUCAUACUGUUUGGUUUUGUCUACGUCGCAGAUGAGUGCAUAUUUUGCUCCUGCCUUUUUCAGCCAUCUACUGGGAAAAUGCUUAAGAAGGAGAAACCCAAUACUUGCUGUGGUUAAGCUUGGAAUUGCAGUCAUAGCCACGUUUGUUAUUGUUUGGUGGCCAUAUCUGCAUUCUUUGGACGACUUCUUAAUGGUUCUCUCCCGUCUUGCCCCAUUUGAGAGGGGAAUAUACGAGGAUUACGUGGCAAAUUUCUGGUGCACUACGUCCAUACUCAUAAAAUGGAAAAAACUGUUUACAACACAAUCCCUCAAGUCUAUUAGCUUAGCUGCAACUAUAUUGGCUUCUCUCCCUUCAAUGGUUCAGCAAAUCUUGUCACCAAGUAAUGAAGGUUUCCUAUAUGGGUUGCUCAACAGUUCAAUGGCUUUCUACUUGUUUUCCUUCCAAGUGCAUGAGAAAUCAAUCCUGAUGCCUUUUCUCUCUGCAACACUAUUAGCUCUCAAACUCCCUGACCAUUUCAUUCAUUUAACAUAUUACGCUCUCUUCUCGAUGUUUCCUCUUCUUUGCCGUGACAAACUCUUGAUCCCUUACUUAACACUAUCCUUUCUCUUCACCAUCAUCUAUCAUUCACCCGGAAAUCAACCGGUACAGAAAACGAAAGCUUCAAUUUUCUCCUUCAAAAACUUUCCGGGUUAUGUAUUCUUACUACGAACCCAUUUCUUCAUCUCCAUAGUUCUUCAUGUCCUCUACCUUACCAUUCAACCUCCUCAAAAGUACCCUUUCCUAUUAGAAGCACUAAUCAUGAUUCUCUGUUUCUCAUACUUUGUAUUGUUUGGCUUUUACACCAACUAUACGCAGUGGACUUUGUCAAGGCAUUUCAGGUCCUCUGGUAAAGAAAAGAAACACAUCUGAACAUUUGAAGACAAAAGACAGAACUCUUGAGAGCAAGGUUGUUCAACUCAGUUCCAUUUUUGUUUUCUUUGUUUUUCUUUUUGGGUAAAUUGAAUGUAGUGUAGGGUCUUUAGCGAACCAAGUCAAAAUCAUCACAGUAGAAUCGAGCUAGACAGAACCGGUUUACACAAACCGGUGGUUUAUCAUCAGACUUGUUGUAUUUAGUCCACGUCUACUAAAUGUUGGUAUCUAUUCCAAUGCCUAGAAAUUGUAUUAUGAUGUAGGAUUCUUUUGAGUUAGAAAUUAAACCUUUAAUGAAAGAAAACGUUAAGUUUUUA